CGCAACUCACACACCCCAGAUAAGCUCAGGUGAGUUGGAGGUAAUACCGGAAAAAGACCUGCGUGCAAUUUUAUAUCGUUAAGAAAUCACUGCACCGGAAAUGGCACACGUUUGGGAUGACUUCGAAAGCAUGCUAAAAGCUCCCUAUCCUCCGGUGGAGAGAGGUACCAUUAAACCCAAGGCUAACUUCAAUGUUAAUGAAGAUGUUGCUGCUCUGCGCAGUGCAAUUCAAGGCUUCGGUACAAAUGAGAAGACAUUAAUAGACAUACUGACCCACAGAAGUAGCAGUCAAAAACAGGCCAUUUCUAGGGCAUACGAAGAAACCACAAAAAAGAUUCUUGUUAAUGACCUGAAGAGCGAUACCGGUGGUGACUUUGAAGAUGUGAUCGUUAGGCUUGCAACCCUGCCUGCAGUCAACGAUUCUAAGGAUAUAAUAAAGGCAACAAAAGGGGCUGGAACGGACAAGAAAAUCCUGAUAGAAAUAUUAGGCUCAAGGACAAAUAAACAAAUCAAGGACUUGUCUGCAGCUCAUGCUGAUGAAACAAAGAAAACACUUGUACAGAACCUAAAAAACGAAGUCUCAGGGGACUUCGGCAAAGCCAUUGUUAUGCUGGCUGAGGCUGCAAGGGAUGAGAGCACCGGUGUGAAUGCAGGCAAGGCUAAAGAAGAUGCACAGGCCCUCUAUAAUGCAGGAGAGAAGAAAUUUGGAACCGAUGAGUCCAAGUUUAUUGAGAUCCUCUGUAAAAGGAGUAUCCCACAACUGAGACAAACAUUAGUGGAAUAUAAAAACAUCAGUGGCAAGACUCUGCAGAAGAGCAUUGAGAAGGAAAUGUCUGGAGACUUGGAAGAGCUGCUGAUUACCAUCGUGAAGUGUGUUAUAAACACUCCGGCAUAUUUUGCUGAAAAACUCCAUAAAAGCAUGAAGGGAAUUGGCUCAGAUGAAACCACUCUGACAAGGAUCAUGGUCAGCCGUGCAGAAGUUGACAUGAUGGAUAUCAAAGCUGAAUACAAAAAGCUCAAUCAGCGUUCCCUCGGCAGUGACAUAAGUUCAGAUGUGGGUGGAGACUACUGCAACUGCUUGAAGAUGAUUUGUGGAGAAGAUUAGUACAGAAAACUACUGGCUGAAAUAUUUUCUGUCCGUCAUUGCAGUGUCACAUUAUUUUAUUAUGUGUUUAAAAAAUGUUAAUUCGUUAAACCUUUUCUUUAAUACAAUGUUUCAUGGAGUAAUUGUAGUUUCUUGGGAAGAAUAUAUUAGAUGGUUACGUUCAGGUUACUAUGGUAAUGGAUAAACCCAAAGAAUAUAUGAAGGGCAAUUCGUAGUGAUUUGUGAUUGGUUUCUGAAUGAUCUUUGGUGGUAUAUUGACCGGGAAUGAUUGGACAGUAAUGGAAGGCAACACUUUCCAUAGCUGCAUUAGAAAAAUUGUUUUAGACUAUCCUUUUAUUGUAUUUUGCAAAUUGUAAAUGCAUUUGAUACAAAAUAAAUGACAUACAACAACGUCA